AUGACCAGCUUCCGCUCCCCAGGCCUGCUGCUGGGUCUCGUCAUCUUUGCCACCCUCGCCACCCCAGUUGCUGCUUUCGGUGCUGGAAACAUUGCCUCCAUCUCCAAGGUCGAAGGACAAAAUUGGCGCCACGGCGACAUCGAAGAUGCUCUGCUUUCUAUUGCCAUGGCGCAAGCCUUCAACGGCAAAAAGUUCAGCAAGCUCAUGGUCUCUCGCGUCUACUUCGGUAACUGGCUUCGCGACUACUCCCAGGCCAUCGAUGUCGGCACUGUCAAGGCUGUUUCCGCCGAGGCCAUCCGUCUGCUCCUCUGCGUUCUCGGUUUCAUGACCUUCGGGUACGGCUCCGGCGAAUUCGAAGUCACCGCCGAUCGCGUUGGCUGCUACCGUCCCGAAGACCACAUUGACAACCCCAAGGAUUAUGCCGACAAUGUCGACGCCCGUGAGUACUACGACCGCCUUCGAGGUCCCAUCGAUGUCAAUGCCGAACUCUCUAUCGAUCAACGCAACGGCAUGAAGAAAUACAUCGCUUCCGAGUCUGAUAACAUCAUGACCUCGGCCAAGCAUGUGCGCACUCUCUUCACCCGUUGCAUCGAGCUUGGCCGUCGCUACAAAAACAACAGCGACAAGGCCGAUCGCAACGAGUCCCUGCGCCUCAUGGGCACUGGCCUUCACUGCUUGGAAGACUUCUUUGCACACAGCAACUACACUGAGCUUGCCCUUGUUGAGAUGGGCGAGCGGGACAUCUUCCCCCACUGUGGAACUAACACCAAGAUCCAGCUUGAGGGCGCGCAGGACUCUGUAUACCCUAUCGUGACUGGCACUUUUGGUGGCGUUGACUUUCUGCACUCCGUUACUGGCGAAGUGUCCGACAAGUUGACACAAAACGAGAUUGAAGAGCUCGAGGGCACCCUGGAGCAGAGUAAGAAGGCUGAUACCAGUUUCCUUCGCGAACUCCUUGACAAGAUUCCCGAUGGCAUCCUCGGUGGUGGGCACGAGAAGCAGAAAAUCGACGAAAUUCAGGAAAAUGCCAGUGCCGCCCAGAUGCAAAACACUUCCGUCUCCCCAAGAGACCCAGAGGAAUUCACCCUGUACGUCAAAAACAUUUUUGAGCAAAUUAUGCCUGCCAUCAAGUUUCACGAUGAUAUCAUGAAGACCAUUGGUAAUGCCAUCGACAGCAUCCCCGUCCUCCCCAAAAUUAUCGAGCAGCUUGAAGAGCAGCUCACCCAGUUUGUCUUUUCCAUCAUAGCUCCCUUCGUUAUUCCUUUGAUUAGACAGAUUCGCAACGAGCUCAAGACCGGCUCCGAAGAGAUUAUUCAGAGCAGUGAGAACCAGCAGCAUCUUGUUUUCAACGAUGACAACAGCAGCGAUCCUACCCACUCCAUGCUUUCCAAGGAUCAUUUUUCCAAUAUCUUGAACGAGGUUGCUGGCCGGGGUGCCGCCAAGACUGUCUCUUGGGCUGUUCCGCAGUUGAUGGAGGCAAUUGACGAUGAAAGCAUUGAUGUUAAUCGUCUUUGCGACCGCCUCAUUUAUGGCGUCCUUCACCACCCAGCCCAGAGAAGUAUGGGUAGUGAUGGAGUUAGUGAGGCACGCCAGAUGAUCUUCCAGGUCGUUGAGGAAUGGUGGGGUCAAAUGGGCGAUGAUCAACGCAGUGACUACCGUCAGAAGCUUUCUCGUGAAGGUGUCCAGAAGGGAGACAACCACAAAGAAGGCGUUCACGAUACUGGUCACGGUCACGGCUGUGUUGGAAAGCUUGAAAUGCGUAAGCUCUACGGUGCACCAGAGACUAUGGAAACCAAGAUUGCGAGUGCUGCGGCCACUGCUAUCUUCUCGGGCGCCAGUGGUAUGGUUUCCAACAUUGUGCAGCAGCAAACUGGCAUACAACUGCCGGGCAGGCAGGAGGGGGAGGAAAGCGGAGGCUUGAAGGAAUUUUUCAAAUCCAUCUUCAACAAGGAUGAGGAGGAGGGCAGUGCUGGCCGAACAGAAAGCCGGCCGGAUCAGGGCUCGGGCAACGGUGAUGGCUAUGGUCGACAGGAGAGCAGUAGCUACGGUGGUAGCAGCGGAAACGCGGGGCAUGGUGGACGCCAGGAAGACAGCUAUGGUGGUAGAAGCGACACAGGCUACGGCAGCACGCAGGAGAGCAACUACGGCGGUGGAGGGGAAAGUUAUGGCGGCAAACAGGAGAGCAGCUAUGGUGGCCGAGAGGAGAGCCAUGGUAGACAGGAGAGCGGUUAUGGUGGCAGACAGGAGAGCCAUGGCGGGCGGCAGGAGAGCAGCUAUGGUGGCCGAGAGGAGAGCUAUGGUGGUAGACAGGAGAGCAGCUAUGGUGGUGGACAAGAGAGCAGCUAUGGUGGUGGACAAGAGAGCAGCUAUGGUGGUAGACAGGAGAGCAGCUAUGGUGGUAGGCAGGAGAGCAGCCACGGCGGUAGACAGGAGAGCAGUUACGGUGGGAGAGAGGAGAGCCACGGUGGCCGAGAGGAAAGCAGCUAUGGCCGCAGCAAUAGACAUGGAUCGGGCCGCGAUGACAACGAAGGCAGGAAUGAGAGUAGCUAUGGUGGUCGCGGCGAUGAUAGCUACGGCGGUCGCGGCGAUGAUAGUUACGGGGGCGGCAACGGGGGCGGAUCUGGUGGUCGCUUCGAAGGAAGGUCCGGCGGCCACGGCGGCGGUCGUGAUGGAGACGGCAGACAGGACGAAUACGGGCAAGACAAUGAGUAUGGACGAGAGCAGGGAGGGUCUGGCCGGCACAGACGCAACGACGAUGGGUAUGACAAUGACCGAUACUGA